UUGAUCAAUCAACACUGCAUGAUUCUUCAUCAAAACAUUGUGUUAUUAUUGUUCGAUUGAUUUUUGUCUGUUUAAUCAAUUUACGUAUGAAGGUGUAUAAUAUUUCUUAUUCGAUGAUGAAAAAAGUUUCACGGACAAGAAGAUAAGAUAUAAAUAUAUAUAUAUAUAUAUAUAUAUUUAUUAUAAUAAUAUAUAUUCGUUAAAGUACAAGAUAUUGAGGUUCGUCUAUACAUAUAUAUAUAGGCAGUAAGCAUAUGUCAAGAAAGUUUAUAAAUAAAUAUUUGAAGUAUCAGAAGUACAGGAAAAUUAUUUUUAUUCGUAAUCCAUUUCUACAAGAUGGGAAGACGUCGACGAUGACAGUUCGCUCGUAUAGAACAUGUGUGUCGAAUGACAGGAGGCGGGAUACAUGACGCUGCGCGCAGAAUCGUAUCGGUUCUAUGGUGUUGCACGUUUAACAUGAGUUAGACGAGCCGUAUUUAAUUGUGCGAUCAGUGUGAAAAGGGACCUUGGAAAGAAUGUUGUCGAUAGCACGUACGAUCUCGCCCUCGAUAAUUGCUCUUAUAAUAUUUGGCUGUUAUUCAGGGGUCUAUGGUACCUCGAUAAAAUCUUUGGACGUGCCGCAUAUCGUGCGCAACGGCACCGGACCUGUGGAUUUAAUUUGCAUCUACGAGAUUGACAAAAAUGACAAUGGACUUGUAAUCAAAUGGUUUCACGAAGCGGAUCAGAUCUAUCAGUGGAUUCCACCAAUGCCACCGCAAGAUAUCGGAAUCAUCGAAGGUCUUGCGGAAUAUCCAGAUAAAAAUCUAAGGAAUCCAUAUUCGCAUUCUAUAAUUCGAUUGAAAACCAUUACAAUUGAUAUGACAGGGGAAUAUGUGUGCACAAUCAGCACGUUUCAAUACGAAGCGAGCACCUCAAGGAAGAUGAUUGUCUACGUGCCAGAAAGCAACAUGACGGUGCAUACGUAUCCCUUCAAUAAGACUCACAUAAAUUUAACAUGUGCGGUGACGGGUGCGCUACCGCAGCCGUCUUUGAGGCUCUACAUCGAAGGAAUUGAAAGAAAAGAUCGUGGAAGUGAUUACAAAUCUUCAGAAUCUUCAACGGAUUCGUACGAGAAUAAUCCUCGGGUGUCACUGGACGUUAUCGUAGAGGACAUGUCAGAUCCUGCAGUUGUCGAGUGUGAAAUGUCGAUUCCUGAUACGGAAUACAGGCGCCGAGAACGGAUCGUCUACUAUCCUAGUUCGAAUCGUUCCAAUAUGACAGACGAUAUUGUUUCGCAAUUGCUACCCUAUCGCACAAAUGUUUCCCAAGGAAGGCAUAACACGAUGUUACUUAUUGAUAUCUUUUAUGUUACCAUACUCAGAUUGAUACUAACAUAGGACUAAAUUAGAUUCCAUUUAACUAUAGGGAAAUGAUCAGGUAUUUAAUGCAUAUUUAUUUAUUUUAGAGUCCAAGAGUAUUCGAUGCAAAGAAUAUGAAUAAAUAAAACGCUUAUUAUACAUAUAUAUAUCUUAAAGGAAUCAUAUAUUGAAUAUCUAUUUUUCUAAUAUGCAUUGUUCGCUAAGUAGCUUCAAUUGUUCAAUAAUUUUAAUGAUUAGCAUUCGGUAUUUAAUUUCGAAAACUUUCUUCAAUAUAGCAGUAUUGCUAUAAUGAAAUGAAAAAGUGAUUGCGUAUAUUGAGGGUGGGGAUGAGAGAGGGAGAUAUAAUCUUGGAUGGUGGGGAUGAUAUCUAGAAGUAGCGGUACCCUUCAAGAUUAUCAUUCACUUCUCGGCACUCGUCUGUAAGGGUGUUUCACCUCUAAAAUCAUCAAGCUUCCAAACUUAUCAACUGUCAUACUCUUAUAAACACGAAUAACUUUGUGAAGAAAUGAAUCAUCCCUGGAUGUUGCUUCUUUUUGCAGUAUGCGCAUUGUGGACUUUUGGCGAAACUAUCACCUGCGAUCAGUGCGGGCGAGAAUGCGCCGAUAUCUGCGGCACUCGACAAUUUCGCGCCUGCUGUUUCAACAACAUGCGGAAGAGACAUUCCGACUUUUUCGGUAUGAAGUUUUGGAUGAGACCACGAAGAUAUGCGAUUCACCUGUUCCCGGCCUAUGACGUUUAAUCAUCGCGUCAUAUAUUAUAUAAAUAUGGAAAUACCCUCGACAGAAACUAUAGUUGUGUACUGUGUGCUUCAAUGUUAUUAUCUUUGCAUCGUUUAACUUAGAGUUGCAUAUAA